AUGCCAUUGCAACCCGAGGUGAACGACAAAAUUUGCGACGACAAUGAGGCACCGAAAUAUCACAAUACUUAUCGCACGGAGCCGCGGAAUCCAUUCAAGAUCGACCAAGUGGACAAGAUAGUGAAAUCGGUAAUGAACAAUCGUCUGGAGGAACUCACGUAUGACGACGCGGAGUGUGUUAAAUUAUGCGGCGACAUCGCGGCGGAGAUACGCCGACGUGUGAAGAAACUCAACUUUAAUAGGUAUUCGCUGAUCGCACAGAGAGAGAGAGAGAUGUUCGUCAUGCUUGGCAGCCGAUUCACCGUCGUCACUUCCAGGCAUAAAAUCGUCGUCGUCGUUACGAUCAUCGAGAAGGUCAGCCAGUCCUUGGAGACGACUAUCGGCUACUUGUGGGACAGCGAGAAGGAUAAUUACUCCGUUUUCUCCUUCGAGGGCCGGACUUUUCACGCUCAUUGCUGCGUAUUCGGUCUUUAUUACGAGUAGAGAGUAGCCUGCGGCACUCCGAGAAUGCACGAAAAUAUUAUAUGAUAUAAAGUGGUGCAAAACACGCAGAACGUUAUACUAACGAAUGUGAGAGAAUUCCAACGCCGGAGAUUAAUUUGCU